AUGCCCUCGUCGUUGGGAACUGGGACUGCGACUGUUUGUGACUGCCCCGGCCCGCACGACGGAAUACUUGCCACUUUUGUACGGACAGCCCUUGCGCUACUCACUCGUUAUUGUAGCAGCAUACAACUAAAACAAGAUAACAAUCUGCUUUUUGAUGAAUAUUGGGUGCGAUUCCCGUGGACCAACAACUUACGUGGUGUGCGGGGAUCUCUCCCUUUUUGUAUUGUUACUUUGCUUUUGUGUUGCUUUCUGCGCUUGCACCUUCUUGUGUGUGUGCGUACCCUCCGUGAGGGGUGCCGACACGACGGACCGCUCUCGCCGUAUUUACAUGCGGUGGAGCCUUGUGUGCCGCCCUGCUGGUCUCUCCCUCUUCCAUCUCUGUAUAUAUAUGUGUGUGUGUGUGUGCCUGUUGCCGUGGAUUGGAGUGUGUGUCGUGCGUGGUGUGCGGCGUACGGUGCAUGCCUGACCGCUGCCCUUUCCUCAUGUGGUGUGCCCUCUGUGUGUGCCGCACCUCUCUUCUCCUCCGUUGCUCUCCAUGUCUCUCACUGUGCAGAUCAGCUCCACACCAGUGAACGAACACUCACGACGAUGACG